AUGGAAGGAAUUAAACUAACGUAUUCUAAAAAAUUUUUAAUAAUUGGAUUAUUAAUAAUAACAGUAUUAUUUUUAUUAUUUGUUGGAAUAAUAGUAUUAUUUCAUUUUAAUAAUAAUACAGUUGGAUAUAAAAAAUCGGGUAUCACGAUAAAUGAACUUGCUCAAGGUCAAUUUUAUAUAAAAUUAUUCAAUGGUACCUGGAUUGAUGAUAAUCAAAUAUUGUUUAAGGAUGAAGACGGAAAUUUAUUAAUUUAUGAAAUUGAUAAAAGUCAAUCAUCUGUUUUAAUAAAUUCGACAAUCGCGUCUGAUUUCGAUGAAUUCGAAAUCUCAGCCGACAAUGAAUACGCGUUACUAUCGAAAAACGUAAAAGAAGAUUAUGAAGUAUUCAAUUCAAUCGAGUGUCGAGUUAUUAAUUUAUCAACAUUCGAUGAAACAUUGUUAACUAUAAAUAAUUCGACAAAUCAUCAACAUGCAAGAUGGACACCAGAAGGAAAUGGAUUAAUAGUUGUUCAUAAAAAUAAUAUAUUUUAUCUUCCAAAAAUUGAGCAUGAAGAUUUUUAUCAAAUAACAAAAAGUGGUCGUGAUAAUUUAAUUUACAAUGGUGUAUGUGAUCCAUCUUAUACCGCUGAUUCGUCAAAGUGGGAAACAGUUAUAUGGCUUUCACCGAGUGGAAAAUCAAUGGCAUUUGGAUAUUUUGAUGAUUCAAAAAUUAAAAAAAUUAAUAUUCCAUAUUAUGGUAAUUUAAAUGAUGAUUUAACAUAUCAAUAUCCAUGGUUAAAUUCAUUUCACUAUUCAAAGGCGGGAAGUAUAAUUCCAGUAUCGAAAUUAUUUUACGUUGAUUUGGAAUUGGUAGCUAAUAGUGAUGGAAAAAAUAUAAAGCUAAUUAGAAUAAAACAACCAAACAAACUUGCAAUUAAUAAUACAAUACUUAAUGAUGUUGAAUUUCCAACUGAAAAUAUUAUAACAAUUAAUUGGAAAAAUAGAAUUCAAAAUGAAUCUUAUAUUGUGGCUUACAAUAUUGAAAAAUCAAUUGACAAAAUAGUGUUUAAAAAUUAUCAAAAAAAUGGCUGGAUAAUUGAAAAUGGUGCUCCACAUUUUAUCAACAAUGCAACUGAAUUUUUAAUAAUAUUACCACAAAAACAAAUCGAUAAUGAUUAUUGGAAUCAUUUGGCAAUUGUGAAGAUUAAUAAAACUGAUGGUAAUACUGUAACAAAUAAUUUAACAUCUGGAAGAUUUGUUGUUACAGAAAUUAUUGGAUGGGAUGAAAAAAAAUCACUUGUGUAUUAUCUUGCAACAGUAUCUGAUGAUCCAUCUCAACAACAAUUCUAUCGUUUAUCAACAUUAGAUAUAGAUCCAAAACCAGAGUGUCUAAGUUGCAAUAUUAAAAGUAAAAAUAAAGCUUCAGCUUGUUUGUACAAUGAGGCAUCAAUGUCACCAUUUAAUGAAAGAUUUGUUUUAACAUGUGGUGGUCCUGAUGUUCCUCAUAUUUCCAUAUACAAUAGUAAUGAUUCUACUGAAAUAACAACUUGGAUGGAUAAUUUAAAAAUUGCAAAAUUAAUUAAUGAAAAAGCUCAGCCUAUUGAGAUGAAAUUAAAAGUACCUAUAUCAGCUGAUUUUAAAGCUGAUGUUAAAUUACUAAUUCCACCAGAUGCAGAUUUAAAUGGCUCAAUUAAAUAUCCUCUAAUAAUUUAUGUAUAUGCAGGACCAGAAUCAUUUCAAGUUACUGAAGAAUUUAAAGUUGAUUGGGGAACAUAUUUAGUAACAAAUAAAAAUUUUAUUUAUGCUGUAAUUGAUGGACGUGGAUCUGGAAGAAGAAGUAGUUCAAUGCUAUUUUCUGUAUACAAAAAUUUAGGAACUUUUGAAAUUUACGAUCAAAUUAAUGUUACAAGAUAUUUGCAGAAUAAAUUGCCAUUUAUUGAUGAAAAAAAAACUGCAAUUUGGGGAUGGAGUUAUGGAGGAUAUGCUGCUGGUAUGAGCAUGGCAUUGGAUAAAAAAAAUACAUUCAAAUGUGGAAUUUCAGUUGCUCCAGUAACUGAUUGGAGGCUAUACAACUCAGAGUACACUGAAAAUUACAUGGGUCUUCCAACUUUAGAUGAUAAUUUCAAUGGUUAUGAGCAAGCACAACUCAUUAAUAAAGCUAAAAAUAUCAAAUCAAAUAGUUACUAUUUAAUUCAUGGUACUUUUGAUGACAAUGUACAUUAUCAAAAUUCUUUAUUACUUGCUGAUGAACUAGAAAAAAAUAAUAUCAUUUUUCGACAACAGAUAUAUACAAAUGAAAAUCAUGAUAUUAAUAAUCUUGCUGCACACCUGUAUUUAUCAAUGGAAAAUUUUUUGAAUGAUUGUCUUAAUUAAUGAUGAUAAAAUAAUGAAUAAUAAUAAUAAGACAAUAAAAAUUAAAGAUUAAUUUAAUUUAAUAUCAUAUUUUUGUGAUAAAAUUAAAAAUGAAGAAAAAAAAUAAAAUUGUCAAGCGUUCAAACAUUCUGUUUUAGAUAUAUAUAUAUUAAUGAAAAAGUACUUAUGAAUGUAAAGAUUAUUUAAAUAAUAAAAAAUAAAGAUAAAAUUUUAUAAAAUUUUUAUACAUUAACCCAAAAAAACAAGUAUCAAAAUGACGUUUGUGUACAUAAUAUUAAUAUCUUGAUAAAAAAUAAUGUACAUUCAAGAAUAAAAGUAAAAUAUUUUAUAUUUGCCUAA